AAACUGAAGGGGAUAUAUUUAGCAUAAUAAAUUGGCUUUCUUGGCAAUUAUGGAAUAAAGUUUUGAGCUUUUGUGAUAAAGAUGAUUGACUUAAGAUAGAAAUUGUUUUGAGAAAAAUUGUUCUUGUUUAGCUGAGAUUUGAAAACAACCUGCUUAUGGUUAUAGCAGUAUAUGAUUGAAGGUGUGAAAAUAAUUCUGAGGAAUUAUUCCAAAUACAUAGAGAGGGCUCAAAAAGUUUUCGUUUUGGGGCAAAAUUUGUGGAGAAGUAUUUGUAGCUCCAUAGAAUAUAGGAAUCUUGGAGUUUAUUCUCUGAAGUUAAGCUGUUUAGCCACUUGUCUAGGCUGCGGGCAUAGAAAGCAGCAUGAUGUCAAAUUCAUUCCCUACUUUGUCUUUCAAAGGUAUAACAUGGGCUGGAAAUGUAUACCAAAAGUUUGAGGCUAUGUGUUUGGAGGUGGAAGAAGCUAUGUACCAGGAUACAGUUAAGUACGUUGAAAAUCAGGCGCAGAAAGUUGGUGUUAGCGUAAAGAAGUUCUGUUCAGAAGUAAUGGAGGACAUGCAUCGAUCCAGUGAGCAUCCUCCUUCAUGCAUAGAUCCCACAGGCGCUACUUCUGAUGACAUGUCUCUCAUCUCUUAUGGUUAUGCUGAUGUCAACAAAAAACCGACACCAGGUAUAUUGGGUGAUAAUCGGGAUAUAAAGAAGAAAGAUAAUCAAGAUCAAGUUCUCUCGACUACAACUGCAGAAAAAGGAUCAUUGCCAAGUGAUGGAGAUAUAGGCCUUUUCUUGCCUCAGUCCCCUGGAAUCUAUAUUGAGAAUAAAUCCCCUGAGAAAUUUAAGAAAAUCGGGAUACAGAGGCGUGGAAUUGGCAUUAAAAGAAUCUCCAAAAGCAACAAUCCUUCAAAAGACUUGUGUUUGAAUAAUUCUGUAUCAGAAGAUAAGAGGAGCAAGCUUGCGAAUUGCGAAACGAGAACUAGGUCCAGGGCCACUUCUGACAGCCCUAGGUCCAUGGCCACCUCUAACAAUACGGACCUUACGCCAUCCUUGGACUCCGUUGGAAGGUGUGAACCUGGGAAAGCAGCAGUGAAAGGAAAUGCACAAUGUCUUGAUCAUCCAAUUGAGUCUCCUGCUUCUGACAAAAUUUUAUCCUCUGAAUCUGUAAGGCCUGAUAGUUCAAGGGUGGCCCCUGAUGACUCGACUGUGCCAACUUCAUUGGACACGGUGAGGCAGCAACCUGGUGAAGCAGUAAAUGGAAACACGGCUCCCCAAGAUAAUCUAAUCGAGCGUCCUGCUUCCAAAAAAGUUCUAGAGACCGAAUCCACGAGGAAAAUUGAACAUAUUUCUGAUUGUGUUCCUCCUGCUUCUGAAAAUAAUUUAACAGAUGAAUCGGUGCGGUUGGAAGGAGAUCCUGAGUCUACCGCAUCCUGUUCAUGCUCGCCUGCAGAUUCGACAGGUGCGUCUGUGAAUGAUAUUGUUGGGGGCUCGGGUUCUAGAAGUAAGGCUUGCAGUCCUGAAUAUGAGGAAAAUGGAGUUACUGUGUUUAGUGAAGGUAUGUAUACUCUUGUUGUUUUAGGCAAACUCUAA